AUGGCGUACCCUGGAUAUGGCGGCUACGGCAACAUGAAUCCUCACAUGCAAAUGAUGGGACAGACCAUGGCACAGGGCGGAUACUUUGGGCAGCCCCAGUAUCAUGAAGGCGAUCCCUUGUGGGGGUAUUUCCGAGCUGUGGCUGGACAGGAUGGUGAAAUAGAUGCUGAAGAACUACAGAGAUGCUUAACACAGGCUGGAAUCCAGGGCACUUAUACUCCUUUCAGCUUGGAGACAUGCCGAGUUUUGAUCGCCAUGUUGGAUAGGGACUUUACUGGCAAGAUGGGAUUCAGUGAGUUCAAAGAAGUUUGGGGGGCCUUGAGUGCCUGGAAGCAAAACUUCUGUACGUUUGAUCAGGACAGAAGUGGAACAGUGGAGCCACAUGAGUUAAACCAAGCUAUCUUCGCAAUGGGUUACAGGUUAUCUCCGCCAACGCUGAGCACCAUCGUAAAACGUUACAGCAAAAAUGGCCGAAUUUAUUUUGAUGACUAUGUCGCCUGCUGUGUAAAGCUGCGUGCAUUAACAGAUGUGUUUAGGAGGAGAGACGGCAUGCAGCAAGGAUUUGUCAAUUUUAUAUAUGAUGAUUUUUUGCAGUGCACCAUGGCCAUCUGAAUCCUCUCCAAGCAAGCCAUGAAGAGUGGCAUUAGAACCCAACAUGUGAACUUUUCUGUACGGAAGGAACUGAGCAUCAUAGCUGUGAAUUUGGACCAUCAUCUUCCAUCCUGUCAAGCACCUGCAGGCAUUUAAUAUUAGACUCUGGAUAUCCCUCGCACACAUACGGCUGUAGUGUAUUAUUUGGGAAACCGGAUCCAACUCUGAUAGGAAACUGUCAUUUCUCUUUAAUGUUUUUUUUAGUAGCCAUAAGGCUUGGUGCUCCACAUUACAGAAACACCCAUUACCUGGAAAACACCCAAUCUCCAAGCAUUCUGGAUAAUAGAUCCCUUACCUGUAUGCCAGUUGACAGUAAAUAGCACUGGAUAACUGAAAGCAACAUUUCCCGUUUUGUGGCUUUGCUCAAUUUCGCUUCCAUAUUUGGCUGAAAGUUCUCUCAAGGAUCCUUCUUUUUUUUUUUUUUUUUUUCUACAUCUUUAUUUUGCGGCAUUGUGUGUUUUCCAUUUACAGCCUGGAGACUUCUUGGGGUAACUCCCUUAGGGUUGCCAAGGGUAAGAAUUGUCAUUUCUUCCCACAACUAAUGGCAUUGUGCUUUUUCACAAUUAUAUAUAUAUAUAUACAUAUUACAGUUGUUACACGUAUGUGAAUAUUCUACUAUGAAGAACAAAGUGCUUGUGGGUUUUUGGUUGUAUGUAGCCAUAUAUUAAGGGAAUACCAACACAGUUUUGACAUUUGUGCUGUUCACAGUCCCUUAUCUCCUUGGCCUUCUUCAGGGCUACAGGACCCUCCGCUUUUACGCCCCAGCUGCACUGGAUUUGCCUGCUUUUCUCUAUGGUAGUGUGCAGCUGGCCAGCUUUCUAAAGCACUCCUUGGUGGGUUAUGGUGGGCAUUCACUCAAAUAUCCACUUAUUUGGUGGGGUUGCCAAACCAGGUGAUCUUUACUCAAUUUGGCCAAAAAUAUAUGGGCACUAAUCAGUCUUUUGACCCCUGGGACAAUGAUCUAAUUGUAAUGGCGGCCAAUAAAGACCAGUUGGGAGAGGACUGCAUUAAUGCGCUAAACGUGCCUGAGUGAUAUGUCUAGUUUUCAGCCAGUUGAAAGGGCCACAUACAAGGCCACCUCAGGGCUAGGUAGCUGGGCUGCUGCAGCCCUAAAAAUACAUUAAUUUGAAUAAAGUGCCAUCCCCAGAAUACUGGGUCUCGGGGACUGCACAGCAUAUAUUUUAGAAUUGUGUUGAUAUCACUUUAAGACAUAGAUGAGAGGGAUCUACCUUGCAGUCGGGUGUCCUACCACCCCAUAUUCUCACAUUGCUACGGUGGGUUUAGCAGAAAGGCCUCUGUUCUGGGGCAGUAACAUUCUUCAAUAGGUUAGGAGUGAGCCAAGAAAUAUUUCCACCGUUUACCGCCAUAACCGGAAAUGUUUCCCGCUCUCUCCUACCCAAGCUAAACCUGCUGGGAAUGCUUAGACUUUGCCGUGCAUUUGUUAUCAAUGUUGUAUUUGGAUUUUUUUUUUUUUUUUUGCCGUACAGUUUUUUUUUUUUUUGUUUAUUUUUUGUUUUUAUACAGGUAUAUCUACCGCUAAGUGCUGUGACAUAAAGCGUAAAUGAUUGGCACCACUGUAAUAACUUUCUGUAACAAACACAAAUAAUAUUGCAAUUGCUGAAUAAAUGAGUUCUACCUUCAGUUA